AUGGCAGGAAAUUUAAUCAGUGCAAGAGAUAAAGUAAAAACUGAAUCUGAUCUUGGACAGGUUAAGUUAAAUGCUUGGAUGAUCCUCCUAUAUCUUUGGUAUCUUUAGUGUUAAUUUAAGAGUAUUAAUUCUAAAGAUGGUAGUACUAAUAAAUUAUCUAACGAGAUAAGAGCAUUUUAUUUAGGCAGGGCAAUGAAGAUUAGUAAUGAUUAUGGAAAAUUAGACUUUAAUUUGGCAUCACUGUAGGAAUAAGAUAUGAAAGAUUUGAUGGAGAUCUACUCUAUAUCUAGAAACUUAAAACUAGAAGACUACAUUGGAAAAAUAAUAUUGGACUCAGAAUUCCAGAGAUUUCUUAAGAAUAUGACUAAAAUCAUUAAAAAGUAUUCCUAAAAGUAAAUAUAAAACUUAAAUCAUUAUGUUUUGCAAGUUGAAGAUUUGAUAAAGAUAGAAUAUCAAAAUCAAUAUCUUAAACUUAAGGAUUUACUUGGGAUCAAGAUGAAUUAUACAGUGAUCUAUGACUUAAAAGAGGACUAGUUUAUUUAGCUUAAACGUGUUAGAAAGUCCUGGUUCAGAUAAUUAAAUAAUUCUAAGAAGGUGAAAUAAUAGAAAGUCGAAGCUAAAGAAGUAUUUGAAGAAUAAUAAUCUUUCGAGUAAAUAAAGUCUGUAAGAGAUAAGAUAUCAAUUAGGAAAGGAACAGAAUAGGAAAUUUAAGAACAAAGGGAAGAGAUGAAUAAGAUUAAUCAGCAGAUAGAGACACAGGAGCAGGUUUAUAAAAUUGAGGAUCAAAGUAACUUAGAUAAAAGCUUUUUCUCAUUGAAAGAUGAUCAACUGGAUAAGUCAGCACUCUUAGACGUGUCACAAAUUAUGGAUGAUAAAUCAGACUUCUAAUCGUAAUAUGAAGAGUAGAAACAGAUGCUAUAGGAUUUAACUUAGAAAAGCAGUGAAGUUGUUUCUAGGUAAAAAUUUGAAAUGAUAAGCGAGCAUGAUGAUUUCUCAAGAGCUUCAAGUAAGGACCAAGAAGAUCUGAAUAUACCUUAUGAAUAGCUAUUUAAAAGAAAAAACCUAACUUAGAGGUAUGAGCCUCCUGAAAAAGCAUUAAUGAACACGGAACAGAAAUUAAAUAUUCUAGCAUCAAGAUUUGAGAAGUUAACUGAAAGCAUCUAAAAUAUAACGCAGAUGAUAUGGAGGAAGUAAAUCUAGUUUAAGUAUCAGUUUUUUUACUAAAUGAAACUCAUUGAUGAAAUUAAUAAAUCUUAGGAGAAGAUCAAUUAAGAGUAUAGAUAGAGACUCUCCACUAUGGAGCAUAAUCAAGAUCUCACUACCUAGAGAUCGAUAUAGGAUAAUGAAGUCAGUUCAUAGAAUUAGCUCACUUCAAUAACCCAUACAGAUAGGACUCUUAAAUUGAGAAAGCAGUCAAAAAGAUAUCAAACACCAGAAUAGGUUUAGAAUUAACAAAGAUUUAGAAGUUUUAGUCCAGAGGAAGACACUGUUUAAAAUCAGCAUCAAUUUAGCAGGCUUGAAUAUUCGCCUAUUAUAGUUGAUGAUACAGAUUAAAGUGAGUAUGCUAAACAUAGUGACAUGAUUGACGAGAAUUAUUUCCCUAAGAAUCGAGACACUCUUGGAUUUAAAACUGGUUUAGAUACUUCUAGAUUUGCACAUGCUCAAUAAAAUUAGAUGUAAAAUACUGAAGAUUCUUAGUAAUAUAAAACUCAAAGAACCGACUUAAGUAGUUUGACUUAUUUCAUUGAUCCUAAGGAACAUAUGAAAACUCUAAGAUCUCCAAUUAUUACUCCAAAAAAGAAAGUACCCAGAGAGAAUGUGAAACCUCAUUUAAAGCAGUUAAAUUUGACUGUGAUAGAAAGAAGUCCAGUGCAUUUUUAGGAUGCCAAUAAGUAUAGUAAGCUUAAUAAUUCCAAGAUUCUUGAUUAAAUUCAUCUUCUUGGAAAAGAUUAAAGAAAAUAAAGUGUUCGGGUAAUUAAUUAAGAUGGUAAAGCAAGCCCGAAAAUGCUUAAAUUUAUGCUUUUGAAGCCAGAUUCAUCACUUAUGUAAAAAACAUAUAAGAUUCCUGUGAUUGAUAGAUAAUCACAGCCUGAGGUGAAAUUAUUGAAAUUUAGAAAUACUAAAUGA